AGUUAAAAGAGCAUUAAAGUUGGACACUGUUAAAAGAGAUAAUGCAUAUGAUGGAACACCUUCGAAGGCCAAGAAGAAAAAUCUCAACUCUUACUCACCAACAACAGGAACACGUGAAAUGAGUCCAUUUUCCUCUCCUGUGAGUCAUACUGCACAAAAUCUCAGGAAUCACCCAUCAAAUGGGGAUGGAACCAAGGAGAGCGAUUUGGAAAGCAAGUCACCCAGAAGAGGGCAGCCUCCUUCAGAGCAGGCUAAGUUCAUGGAAUUGCAGUCCAAAGUGAAAAGUUCAGUGGCUAGAAUUCUGAAAAUAAGAGCAAAUCUGACCAACCUACAGGCUUUAGAGGGCAGUAGAGAGCUUGAAAAUAUUAUUGGUGUCUCCAACUCGUCUUGCUCCUUGAGUGCUGAAGUGCAGAAAACCCAAGUGCUAAUGAGUCAAGCAGAAGAACUGCAGCUGUUGAAAAGAAACCAUGGAAAACCUCCUGCCCAAG